AUGGAGCCAGGAAGCAAGACCUUUCAGAAGAAAAAACUCUUUUAUGUCCUCACAAGUGCAGGAAAGCCAGUCUGGACUCGCUAUGGUGAGUGUGCAGAUCUUGCUGUCUUUAUUGGUGCAUUAGCAGCAAUUAUCUUCAAAUUCCAAAGCUAUUAUAAUGGUGUUAAAGACUCCUUGCGAUACCUCCGCACCUCAGAUACUUAUAUAGUAGUUCUAUGCACAGAAGCAUUAUAUUAUGUAUGUGUUUCUCGUGGAAAAGACAGCUUAGAGUCCUUAUAUCAUCAAUUAGAAAUGCUCCACGCAAAGGUUUUAUCAACGCUGACAAGCAGUAUUACUCAGACACUAUUAAGCCGUCCUGGGUUUGAUGUAGGAAAUCUGAUGGGAGGCACUCAUGACGCAUUGGAUACUUUAAUCAGGACAAGCGCUAUAAGUCCUUGCUUCCUUGAAGGAUUUAUGCCAGUUAGAAUGCCUAUAUCGCAGAGAGCACAGAUAAGCUCAGCGUUUAAGAACAACAUGCAUGAAGAUAUACUAUACAUUAUUAGUAUAUUGGCUUAUCGUACUACAAUUAUUAAUAAUCAAUUUCUAUGAAAUCGAAAACAUUGACUAGCUCACAUAAGCUCCAUAUUCAAUAAUAUUAAAUUUAUACGGAUUUCUAAUGACCCCUGAAUUCAUGAUAUAUAAGUACUGCAGAAGAGGAGAAACAAUUCAUCCAAUCGAUAUUUUCUUAUUGACAAACUUGCUUACCUCUUAUGCCUCACUGAGGUCUACGAUGUCCUGGACGCCUAUUUGUUUGCCAAACUACAACAAUGAAGGAUUCGUGUAUGCUUAUAUCACUUUUAUUCAGGAUACCAAAAUCGGGGUCAUUUUGAUUUCAGAUAAUGCAAGUGCAUUUAAGGAUCUUAAAUUGAGGGCUGAUGGAAUUGAAAAAGAAAUUGUGAGCCUUAUUCCAGUGCUUAUGGAUGGGAUUAGAAUGAUGCCGUAUUCUAUUACUACGUGUGAGGCUGCAGAGUUUAAGCAUUUUUUAUAUAUGCCCAAAGGAGACCAAUAUUCCAUGCCAAGCUUUUAUCCGUCUACUAGAAGGAUUUUAGAAGAAAUCCCUAUUGACUGCUACAAAAGAACGUUAAGAAGAUACUACUCAGCUUUUAAACUGUCAUCCUUUUCUGAGUAUUUCAAAGGAUAUUAUGUUAGGAUUGAUAUAUAUAGAAAUGAACAAAUUGUAUGUGUAAGGCAGCCAGAAUUUACUUUACUUGGUUCUUUAUCUCCACUUAUUUCAAGUGCAAAUGUGAUGCAGAGCAUUUCACAGCUUUUAAAAUGGCUUAAGUCAGAAGAACAAAACCUUUUCAUUAAGUAG